GUGCAUAUCGAACACGAGCACUCCGCUGCUUCCCACGCCACGCUCACUCGUCGCUCACACUCUGCACGACAAUAACCACAUAACCAGCAGGCAACAGUACCGAGAUUGGCGUGUCGCGUCGCCCCACAUUAGGUCCCUCGAGCAGUUUCCCAGCAUCGUGCGACGCCUGAGGUGUGCAGACUUCAACGCUCCCAAUCACUGGUCGAUAAGCCCCUCUGCGCGUGCUCUGCCCUCGAUACACUCUGUGAUGGUGUCUUCUGGCGCAUGGCCUCGCUGAGAGGCGUCUACGCCUGUCCACUAACCGCGCCUCUGGUCACCAGCCCUCCCUGCAGCCGCGUGGAAGCAACGCAAUAGCGGCGGACGAGCCCACACAACAUCCCAGCAAUGGCGCCCUCGAACAUGUUCUCAUACCUCAGGCCAGGUCAUUCAAAGCGCAAUGCCUCGAGCCUGGCAUCCCCAGACCCCGUCGCCAGCCCUGCUGCCCUCCAGCUGCCUUCGCCGUCGCAGAGCACUGAGUACUUUGCAUCGCCGCGCAUACCAGAUAGUGCAAGCUUCACGUCCGGCUCGCCCAUAUCACCGUUCCCUCCGCAGCUGCCACCCAUCAUGCGCGUCGCCUCCAAGCUAGAUCAAGCCAGGACUACACAAAAUUCUCCACGCCCUGCAGGUCAGCGCCCGGUCAGCACAGGGUGCUCCAGCAGUCAGUUAGCGCAGGAACAAUAUUCUCCCAGUCUUGAGCAGAAGCCUGCGUUCUUACGCUCCAAGACAGACAUCACGCCCACAGGCCUGCGACCGCAGGGAUUGGGCAUCUCACAUAAGCCAGACCCAAUGCACGCCUCAGAGACUCCCUCGCAAUCAUCCACACAUCUGGCGCCUUCUCUCACAUCUCCUGGCUAUGCAAGCCAUUCCAAGUCCCAGACCUCGCUCAUGAGUGGUCUGACGGAGAAGCUGUCUGGGAGCUCCAAAGCAGCCUCAACGCCCACAGCUGCACCUGCCAAGAACAAGUCACGACUCAGGAAUCCUAUGUCACUGCUUAUGCGGCGGAGAUCUGGUCAAACACUCGAUCCUCUCCACGACGAAUCGCUAGUCACACAACGCUCACCCUCAUUCAUUCCACCAAUACGCGACAACUACGAUCCCAGUAUUCGCGGCAAUAUCGUCCACGACUUCAAUGCACCGAGACUGAACAGGAACUUUUCGUACAACAAUGCAUACGGCGGCAGCCCAGUACCACCAGGUACUCCAGGCGACCCGGGUCGAGUCAGUCCGCCCAAGAUUGAGAAAGAGCAUACUCCAAUCUUCCGCGAGCAUUUCGACGACGACACGAGUUACGAACAGUCACAGGCUGCUGUUCGAGCCGAGCAAUUAGCGAACAAUGACUUCGUAGCGCGGAACUCGAUGCUUCUUUUGUCAGAGCCUUCGCUGCCUGAGCCUGCACCUGCGCCCAGGUUAGCACCUCAACCGGUCACGAAAGAAGUACCGUCGGAAACACCGUCGGAAACACCGUCAGAACCCCCUCCACAAUCCACUUCGCCACCUCCACCACCACCCUAUCAAGCUAUUCACCUUGCCUCCUCGGUGCUGUCUCCUGUUGAGGAAGUCCCCAGCCCUACGUAUGCGCCCACAGACGACACACCGAAAGCGAAGAAGUCAACGAAAAGCCCUCCACCAUCGCGAUCACGAGCUACCUCAGUCACUGACCCCUCAUGGCAGCCAGCUGGACUACCUGCACACCUCAGCAGCCGAGCUUCGAGAUUCAGCUUUCAGAUCAAUGGUGGCAGCGAUUCCACACAAGAACAUGUCAUGGAGGAAAGGCAUAGGAAGAAAGCAGCAGAGAAGGCGUCCAAGCAGGCUCAUUUGUCCACAAACACCAUUGAGGACGAGUAUGACGAGUACGGCAUGGAUGAUGACUUCGACAUGGAUGGUGGUUUUGAGGAAGAGAUCCCCAUGCUGGGAGAGGAGGAUGAGUUUGGUGUUUUGGGAAAUCAGAGCAGCAACGACGGCAUCAGCACUUUCGACUUCUCGACAUUGUCCAUAAAUCCAGGUCUGAUGAACCAAAUGAGCCCCAUGGGACCGAACGGCCAGCUUCAGACUCCGUACGAUAUGAAUGGCAAUCCUAUAGGGUUUGCGAUGUCCGGUGGUAUAGAACAAUCGAAGUUGAAUGCGGACAACGGUUACCUGAACCCUGAAGAGGAUGAUGACGACGGCGACGACGAAACGCAGCAUUCAAACGCACUUGAACUCCAACCAGACUUCCAGGUCACCUCGAAACAAGCUACAGCAGGCUCAGGUAGCCGAAAUGCUAUUUCUAGCAACGAUCCAAGUCCAGGAGACCUUGACCUCGAUGACGAUAUGUAUUUCGACGACGGUUUGAUUGGCGAACAAGAUCUUGGUGAUGCGCCCGCAUUCGAUGAAGAAACAUUCGAUGAUCCUGAAGGCCCGUUGUACGAAAGGAAGACGAAGCCAGCACCCACCGAGGACGCACCUUCAUCACAUCCUCUGCAGGCAUUGCCUUCAGAGACGGGAUACGAGGCGGAUGAUGACACUUUGUUUAGGCACCUGGAGAAGUCGGAACCCUCACUAACUCACAAACCCUCAGUCGCGCAUGCACCGGCCGGACCAACCAUGUUCGACUUCAACGACAUGAGCUCGUAUCAUACCGCGCUUGUCGAUGCAGCAAAUCGAGCCGAAGCUGAAGGGCGUUUCGCACGGAAAGCGAGUGUCGAUGUUGGCAACUCCAGCUCUGAGCUCGAUGAUGCAUCGUCAGUCAGCCACUCGCGCCCAAGCCUAGUACCUGAUGAUGGCCGCCUUAGCUUGGACACGGUUGGCUUUCCGGCAGACGACGAUGUCUACGGAACAGUCAUGAAUUUUCAGGACGAUUACGAUUACAGUGACUACGACUCGGCUCUCGAAAACGAUCCCAUGAUCGCGGCUGCAAAUGCCGAGGCGCUGGCUUACGAUGACGAAGGGUUCUAUGGGCGCGAAUUCGGCUUCUAUGCCGCAGCCGGCGAUGCACAGAGUGAGUGGGGUGGUGUCUUCGCUUCUGGGCUCAAUCGUGCUGUCAGUGGGCGCAAUGCUGUGAGGGAGCCAAAUUUGACUCCCAUUACUGAACGAAGCGAGUACAGUACGCGCAACUCGUUCAUCAGUCUGAAUCAUUUCUGUGAUGGCUCACUGCCGAUCUCUAGUCCUGGCCUUGCUCAGUUGGCGCGUAUGAGUCCGUACGAAUGGCCUGCUGAAGAGGAGGAUAUGAGUCUUGAUGCGCUCAUGAAGUUGAGGAAGGGAGCAUUUGGCGGGAGUGCAUCGAGCUUGCCCAGCAGCACUGCAAACAGCCCACGCAACUCUUCGCCAUUCGGCAUGCAAUUCGCCCCAAGGGCCAGUAGUGCAGCCGGCAAUCGCCUGCAGGAGCAAUACGAAAGUGAGAUCGAGAGCGACGAGUCAGCAAACAUUGCGGAUAAUUUCGACGACAAUGAAGAGGACGACGAUGGCCUCAUGGACGCUGUCAAUGGCGCUUACGAAGAUGAAGAUGAUGGCAACAGCAAUGGAGACGAGCGACCCGAAAGCCCCACCCUCACAGCGAGCGACUACAAUUCGUUGUCGAGCCCCACAGGACAUCUCCAGAGCCUAUCACCUUUUUCACCACCGGCGCGACCCCAGAUCCUACAAAUGCAAAGCGUGUACAUGCAGCCUCCAUCCCACCUCACGUCAGCCAUCAAGUCGCCCGCGAACAUCGCUUUACCAAUAUCGCCGUUCGGCAUGCCGCUUCCAUCACCCUUCAUGAUGAGCCAACAUCCAGGUUCGCCACCACCAAUCGAUACGUCGCUUUCAUCUCCUGCGGCAACUUCGUCGACGGGUCCGCGAUGCCAGUCGGUCGGUUUUGCAUCACCUAUAUCAGCUACAUCGCCCAUGACACCCAGUGGUAGUGGCUGGAGAGGUGGGCACUCACGGAAGGGCAGUGCAGCGGAUAGCGUUACAUAUGUUCGCGAACACGACGAGAGUGGAGAGGGUAGGUGGGUGCUUGAGAGAAGACGAACAGCAGAAAGUGGCGAGCUGGAGCUAAUUGGUAGGGAGAUCGUUGAGGGCGGUAGGAUUUGAUACCCAGCUUUGGCGAUGUCGAAAAAGGCAGGAUCGUUAUUGCAUUGGCAUUUGAGGCGUUUUAGCGAUUUCGGAGACACUAAUGCUUGGACGACAUGACAGGCUGGCCCUCAUUACCGUAGGAUAGAUACCAUAGCAUAGAUCAAUGUUGAUAGGACGCAGUUAUA